AUGGCAGAAAGUAGUGAAAAUAGUAGCAAAAAUGUAGAUGUAAGGCCCAAAACUAGUCGAAGUAGAAGUGCUGACAGAAAGGACGGGUAUGUAUGGAGUGGAAAGAAAUUAUCUUGGUCAAAAAAGAGUGAAAGUUGUUCAGAUGCUGAAACAGUGAAUGCUAUAGAGAAAACUGAAGUUCCUUUAAGGAGCCAAGAAAGGAAGCACAGCUGUUCAUCCAUCGAGUUGGAUUUAGAUCAUUCCUGUGGGCAUAGAUUUUUAGGCCGAUCUCUUAAACAGAAACUGCAAGAUGCCGUGGGGCAGUGUUUCCCAAUAAAGAAUUGUAGUGGUCGGCACUCUUCGGGGCUUCCAUCUAAAAGGAAAAUUCAUAUCAGUGAACUCAUGUUAGAUAAGUGUCCUUUUCCACCUCGAUCAGAUUUAGCCUUUAGGUGGCAUUUUAUUAAACGACACACUGCUCCUAUAAAUCCCAAAUCCAGUGAGUGGGUAAGCACAGACUUGGCUCAGAGUGAAUUGAGGGAUGGUCAGCUAAAACAAAGAAGAAAUGUGGAAGAAGAGGUGAACUGCUUCUCACAUACUGAUGUUCAGCCCUGUGUCAUAACCACCAACAAUGCUUCAUGUAGAGGUGGUCCUGUGACUGGCUCUGUGAUGAACCUGGUUUCAAAUAACAGUAUAGAAGAUAGUGAUAUGGAUUCAGAUGAUGAAAUUAUUACACUUUGCACAAGUUCCAGAAAAAGAAACAAACCCAAAUGGGAAAUGGAUGAAGAAAUCCUACAGCUGGAAACACCUCCUAAGUACCAUACCCAGAUUGAUUACGUCCACUGUCUUGUACCAGACCUCCUUCAGAUCAAUAACAAUCCAUGUUACUGGGGAGUUAUGGAUAAAUAUGCAGCUGAAGCUCUACUAGAGGGAAAACCAGAGGGUACCUUUUUACUUCGAGACUCAGCACAGGAAGACUAUUUAUUCUCUGUUAGUUUUAGACGCUAUAGUCGUUCUCUUCACGCUAGAAUUGAACAGUGGAAUCACAAUUUUAGCUUUGAUGCACAUGAUCCUUGUGUCUUCCAUUCUCCUGACAUUACUGGGCUCCUAGAACAUUAUAAGGACCCAAGUGCCUGUAUGUUCUUUGAACCACUUUUAUCCACUCCUUUAAUUCGGACUUUCCCUUUUUCCUUGCAACAUAUAUGCAGAACAGUUAUUUGUAACUGUACAACUUACGAUGGCAUUGAUGCCCUUCCAAUUCCUUCUUCUAUGAAAUUAUAUCUGAAGGAAUAUCACUAUAAAUCAAAAGUUAGAGUACUCAGGAUUGAUGCACCAGAACAACAGUGCUAGGAAAAGUAUAGGUAUAUGAGAAUGAUUAUAUACAUAUUUUCAUUUAAUAUUUUAUUUUUCUUAUACCACUUUGAAUUUUUCUACAAGGGCAGUUGAAAUCCAAAAUAAAUCUCUGCCCUAAAUUUUACUUCCAGAUCAGUUUAUUUUUCUUAUGAUAACAAUAAUUGUUUAAAGUUACACAGUAGGGGUUAAUGAAUAUUUUUGACCACGUGUUUGGUUUUUGUUUUUACCAAAUAGAUUGUAAGAUUUUUUUUCUUAAUUGUAAUUUGCUUAUGAUCCAGGGAUAUUUGGAAUUUGGUAGGCAAUGCAAAUACAGUUAAGUAAUCGGUAUUUUGUAUUUUUCUUUAAAAAUAAUCUUAUGUUCUUUCCUAAUGUAAAUUCCUUGUUAACCUAUGCCAUUGGCAUUCCUAUACAUAAAAUACAGUUUCCCUGUCACCCUUUCAGAGUUGUUUUAAAAUUCUUCAGUAAAGCUGAGUGUUAUAAUUCACAAUCUAUACCAAUGUAAUUGAGUUUUGUAAUUUAAUAAUAGGAAUGCUGAAGGUAACAAAAUGGUUUAAAAUUAAACUUGAAGUGUUUCACUUUAAAUAUUAACUACUACUAAAUUUGAUCGAUUGGGAAGAAUCAAAUGAGAACAUGACUUUUUGGAGGUGAAUUUAUUUUCUACACUGUGGCGUGGUCAUUUGUUAUUUUUGAAUAGGUCUUUCACUCAACUUAGAUGAGUUGCUCUUUUCAGAACAUGAAUAUUGUUCCUUUCUCACUGGAAGCUUAAAAAGUAAUGAUAACACUAUCAGUAACUAGUAGUUACUAACAUAUUUAAGCAACUAUGGGGUUUUUCUGUAUUUACUUAUGAACUGUUGCUUCUAAUUAGCCUUUUUAUAGAAACUCUGAGCCUGUUACUUUGGGGAAAUGCCACAACAUUAUAAACAGCUACAAAUUGCCAUUGAUAACCAAGGAGGACCUAAGUAGUCUUCAUUAUUUUAAAUUGAGCUUGACUAAAGAUUUAAGAAGUAAACGUGGAGCUCAGUUUUUAAGAAGCUUGAUAUUGGUUUUGAUUUUCAGGUUUCAAAUACUCCUGUUUUCAGAAUUAACAUGUCUUUACUGUGGCUUCAACAAAGGGAAAACAUUUUGAGAGCUACAUGGCUUAUGCCAUACUGAACAGUACUGGGCACUGGGACUAAUAUUUUAAAUUUACUGUCUCGAUAGGGAAGUAUAUUUAGAAACAUCAUUAUCCCAGUACAAUAAAGGUAAAUGGAGUGAUAGCCUAUCUAACUCCUCUUUUUUUUAAUAGUCAGUGCAUAAUUUCCUAGAUAGUAGUUUCUUCUGGUGAGCUGUCUAGCCCUUUGUACAAAGUGGCAUUUCUAAUAUCAUAGUAAUUGAUUUCUCAAUGCUAAUUUAGGUCCAGUAGUAAGCUACUUCUACCUGGAUUGAAAGAAAUUUGACUCAACUUUCCAACUCAGAACAGGUGUUUCAUAGGUAUCAUUGCUUUUAUGUUGAAGUAGCAUUUUGCUUUCCUGCAGUUCUGUUAACAUAAAGAUGGCAUUUUUCAGUAAUAGCUUUAAAAUAAAUUUUUAGCCAUUACCACAAAAUUGAACCAGGAAAAUCUCUGUUACCAUUAUCUUCUAUCAUUUUUUUUUUCUCAGUGAUCUCAAAAUUGUCUUGGUUACAGUGAGGGGUAACUACUAAGUAUGGCACCUGUCUAUGGAGUAAUGAGGCUCAGGAUAUCAUUAACACCGAUACUAGGAUAAAUAUCUCUUCUAAAGAUGAUAUUUCCCUUUUACAAAAGUAGAGAAGUCUCAUACUACCUCAUCUUUUAUUGUGAUGCUUUUGUAGAUCACUGAGAAGCUUGUCUUGUUUACCAACAGAACACUUCCUAAAUAUCCAUUUUUGGUGAAAGAACAUUAAUAGUAUAGUAAGAAUCUACCCGUGAUUAUAGUUUUUUAUCAGAAUUUGAUAAUGAGACUUUCUGUUUCUGUGAAACAAUUAUUGUUUUAAAUAUUUUUCUUUUAAAAAUAACUUUUUAUCAGUACAGAAAAACCUAAGGGAUGACUAGCUAACAAGUAUUCUGUUAAAGAGUAAUUUUAUAAAGAAAAAUGAAAUAUAAUUAUGUUGUCUUUUAUAAUGGUAAAAAUUAAUGUUUAUAUGAAAAUCAAGAUCUAAGUAGCUUUUCAUAUAUUCAAACUGGUUGCUUGUGAUAUAUUUUCUCUGGCUUUCUUAUUUUUCCAACUUCAAGGUAUUAAUAGCUGUUAACAUUUUCAAAAUACUGCCAUAUAUAUAGCCUUGAAGUAGAUCUAAUAAAUGAGAGCAGGGAAGAGACUUAUUUACUCUGAAAUGGUUUGUAUUUUUCCUUUGGUGUUUGCUACAGUGAAAAGAAAUCUGGAAAGUAGAAAUAUAAAGACUGGAGAAGGGAAUUGUUUACCAUGAAGGAAAAAGAAGAGUAAUAAUAAAUUAAUUUUUAAAGCAUUAAAGAAUUGAAAUUUAGAAAGGUUAAUUUCUUUCUCAGUGACUUUGUGAGGACACAUUUGGAAGAGCAUCCAGUAUUCACAAACUAAAUUUUAAAAUGUGAAAUAUGUAAUUAUUGGAAUAUAUAACUAAAAUGAUUAAGUGUUGAGAGGAACACGAGGAAAAAUACAAAUAUAUCUAAAUAUAAAUUUUGUAACUAAGUUUGUUGGCAUUUGAAAAGUGUAAAUUCCAGAGUUGAGAAAGCAUUCAGCAUGGUGGAAAUGUGUAGAGUUAUUGGUGAGAAAGGAUGGAGCUAAAAGAAACAAGAUAAAAUAUUAAAAUUAAGAAUUUAGGCAUCACCUCAGGGAAGAGCCUUGACAGUGAAAGGGAACUACUUAAUCGCUAAUAGCUGGUCUGGACCAGACACUUAACUGCCCUUCGGGAAUCAUCCUGCACUAAUCAGGAAAUAAACUUGACUUUUCUAUUUCUCAAGUUUUUCAGGACACCACCGUCACCGCCACCACUGCCACCACCGUGCAUCUUCUUUUUUUUAAGCUACACAGCAUCUUGAUUCAUACUAUAAUUCCUGAAAUAUGCUGAAUGGAUAUGUUUUUAGGUUCCUUGAGCAUUUUUGUAUAAAGAAUCAUAUGUGAUCUUUCGAUAGCCAUGCCAUUCACUUAAAUAAUUCAUACAGGGAAUGGCUUAAUUUAGAGGAAGACCUAAUAGGAAGAAGAUUAAAGGAAGCUUUUAGUCAGCCUGUGGCUAGAUUUAUUGAUUUGGUGAACCGAACUGUUUUCUUUCCUGAAAUUCAGCUAAUGGUCAAAGAAUGGCUUUCAGUUAAAGUUUUGACUUAUUAUAAAUAAUAUAAAGAAUGUCUUAGCAAUUAGAAAUCCUUUAAAAAGUAGAGCAAAUGUGGCAAAUAGGACUCAUACAAAUUCCAUUUCUUUUGAUAAGAAAAACACAAACCAUUAUCAUUUAUUCAUGAGCCAAAGCCAUUAAGAAGACAAAUCAAGUUAUCAGCUUCCUGUCUCUCUGAAGUUUGGAUCAUUUUAUAGACCCACAUAAUAGGUUUCUUCCUAUGAAACAAAAACCUUAAAACCUAACUCUUAUACUCUUAGCUUUCAUUUAUAAUCUUUUUUGUCACUUUUAGAUAUGAUUAUAGCUAAAAUCUGUGUAAUCAAUAGGUUAUACAUUGAUUUUAGUAGACAGACUUCACAGGAAAAUAGACAUAAUUAUUUCUUGAGACAACACAGGGAGAACAAUGUUUAAAUGUAAACCUGUGUGUUAAGUAAUUUAAUACCCAAAUGAAUAAAAGAUUUUAAGUCAUGCA